AUUUAUAGGAGGGUCGCAGAUGCAGCCGUCCUCCCGGCCGGGCUGCCUGUCGGGCCCCUCGGGCGGUCACGUGUACCCAACGGUGGCAGUGGGGGCGGCAGACCCGCGGAGGGAAGAUGCUCCAGGCGUGAGGGUUUCCGUGAGCACUGUCGUGAGGUGAGUGUCGCAAUCUGAAGAGACCGGGUCAGGAAGUUGACGAGAUGUAGCUAAAACGAGUGGUGGCCUGAAGGGAACGCAGACCUCCAAAGCAGCUGAUCGUUUGGCAGCUCUGGGAGCCGUUGGAAGACAUCGGCAGCGAUACAAGUCUCCACCUAGGACAUCUCAUCUCACAUGCUAAGGAAGGAAUACUCAUCCAAACGAUCUGCCGGCAGAAGAAAUCCAUCUGCCAUAGCGCGAAGGCAAUUCAGAACCGGUUCCAAAGGCGGUCAGCAACGGUCGGGCUUCAGCGAGAAUCUCGGGAAUUUAGUCGUUCAGUGUUGUCGCAUCACCGUACUGACGCGAAUAGAACGGCGUAAAAUCUCCUGGCAUCUCCAUUCGUUUUAGAUCCAGCAUAGCCGGUGGUAUACAAGGCUGAGGAGAGAAGCAUUUCGACGUCACCAGUGCCAGCCGCCAACGUCAACUCUAGCUGCGACCGGCAAGUGCUGGCCUUGAGCAGUGCGACCAAACUACUUCCGACGGGCUCUCAACAUUGUCUCCCUCGGCCCCCUCCCAUCCCCCGUUCCCUCCUCUCCCCCCCCCCCCCCCCCUCCCCUCCCGCCGCCAUGUCUGCGGCCCAGCCGCUGCCGCCGGCCGCCCCGCCUCGCCCGGGUCCCUGUGACCUGCGAUUGGCCAUCUGUAGUCAGGACGUGCGCGCCGUGCAGGCUCUGCUGGCGGCCGGCGCCGACCCGUCGCUGGCCCACCGACACCGCACGCCACUCUCCUGGGCGCUGCAGGCCGGCCGGGCGGAGAUCGUGGCCGCCCUGCUCUCCGCCGGCGCAGACGCCAACGGGCGCAGCAGUGACGCCCUCGAGCGGGUCGAGCCGCCGCUCAUUACCGCCAUCCGUCUGGGCCAGGAGGCGAGCUUCGCGGCGCUGCUGACCGCCGGUGCCGAGCUGGACGGCGAGGAUUUCUACGGCCACACGCCGCUGUGGACGGCCGUCUGGCACCGGCAGCUCAGCAUGGCCUUCCAGCUGGUGGCGGCCGGCGCGCCGGUGGCGGCCGACUCGUGGCAGCAGUGCCCGCUGUACCUCUCUGCGCGGCAGCCGUGCGCCGGCUGGCGGCGGCUCGCCCUGCUGGUCACCCUGCUCGGCGCCUCCGUCAGUCUGCGGGACGGCGAGCGGCGCUCGGCGCUCUGGUGGGCGUUUCACUGGGGCGACCAGCGGCUGGCGCGGGCGCUCCUAGCGCGCGGCGCCCGCCUGCCGGAGGGCUGUCCGCCCCUGGAGGAGGUUCCUGCGGAGUUCCUCAGGCAGAUCAGCGGGCCACGCUCGCCCCCACCGCUGCUGGAGCUCUGCCGGGCCCGGGUGCGCGCCCUGGUGGGAGUCACCGGGCGCCGGCUGCCCUGCCGGCUGUCUCGCCUGCCGCUGCCCGAUGUGCUGAUUGCCUAUCUGCAGAUGAAGGAGUUUAGUGAGGAGGCCACAGCGGCGGAGCGGUGGGAGGGCUGAGGGGAGGAGAGAGCGGUGGGAGGAAAGGGGAAAGAGCCGUGGGAGCGACGGCACCGGGAGGGAAAUGGCAGGGACUUUGUGACGCACUAAUACUGUCGACGCAUUGCAGAACUAACGACCAACGGGAAAAGGCAGUAAAAAGGCAGAGGAAGGCGGUAGCAAUGACUUGCAGUAACUCAGUGGCAUCAUUUCCUCAGAGGGCUCGAGACGUUCUAUCAAAUGAUAUUGUAUUUGCGUGAUAUUUGUUUUGUGUACGUGACUCAGCAAGUUAUAUGACGUGCUACAGAGGAUGUGAAACGCCCUAACCAGAGAGGUGCUGCACAUUAAACGCGCUCAGGCAUUAUAACACGCGUAAGCUGCAAUGACGGAUUGUCAUAGACUAUAAUCCGUUGAAUCAGUGACGAUUCAGGAUAAGAUCGUAGUUAUUUUGAUACAAGUUUGUAUCAUCCGUUGAAUACAUCAUUAUAUUUGUAAUGUGUUUUUGAAAUCCAUGUCGAGUGGUUCGUCUCCACGGACUUUUUUAUAACCUCUGGCGACUUGGAUUAUGGAAUCUUGAUUGUUUCACAAAAUGUCAUCGGAACUUCAGUGAGCUCGGUGAGAAGCUUUCGAUGAUAAAAAAUGUGCCAAAAUUUGAUUUGCCGAGGUGAACUCAAUACACAUGAAACGGCG